GGUCCUUCCGCCUUCGCCGGCCACCGGGCGGGAGGGACCGGCCUCCCCGAGCCCCAUUUCUGCCCCUGGGGGCCCGGGAGCCCGGAUUGGGCUGGGUAACGGGUGCCGUCCCUGCUCCGCUCUCCUGCGCCCAGCUUCCCGGUCCCCGGGGCGGCACCGGGGCGGGUGCGCCCUGCAGGGUCAGCGUGCGGGAGUCUGGACGCCAGGGGGCGCUGAGGAGCUGGGGGGGGGACACCCCUCCCUGUCCGCCUUAGUCCCCCGCCCCCUCCCCGCCCGCGCGCAAAACACAGUCGUCCGAGAGGCAGCGCGGCGGAGCCGGAGCCGCGGCCGGAGCGGAGCCGGAGAGCGGCGGCGGCGGCACCAUGACCCUGGGCAGCUGCUGCUGCGAGAUCAUGUCCUCCGAGAGCUCCCCGGCCGCGCUGUCCGAGCCCGACGCAGACAUCGACGUGGUGGGCGGCGGCGGCGGGGGGGGGCUCGCAGCCCGCUCCGGGCCCCGCGCCCCCCGGGACUUGCACCCGCACGGCCGCGAGCCUCCCCGGGAGGAAGCCGAGGCCGACGUGGCCGAGGACGAGGAGGAGGAGUCGGGAGGCUGCUCGGACUGCGAGCCCCGCGCUCGGGCGCCCCGGGGGGCGGCGGCCGCGGCGGGGAGCCCGGGCCCCGGCGCGCAGGCGGCCCGGGGCGCAGUGGGGCCGGGCCCGGGCCCCGGGCCGCCGUCGGGGGGCGCGGCGACGCGGAGCCCGCUGGUGAAGCCGCCCUACUCGUACAUCGCGCUCAUCACCAUGGCCAUCCUGCAGAGCCCCAAGAAGCGCCUGACGCUCAGCGAGAUCUGCGAGUUCAUCAGCGGCCGCUUCCCCUACUACCGGGAGAAGUUCCCCGCCUGGCAGAACAGCAUCCGCCACAACCUCUCGCUCAACGACUGCUUCGUCAAGAUCCCCCGCGAGCCGGGCAACCCGGGCAAGGGCAAUUACUGGACGCUCGACCCCGAGUCCGCCGACAUGUUCGACAACGGCAGCUUCCUGCGGCGCCGCAAGCGCUUCAAGCGCCAGCCGCUGCCGCCGCCGCACCCGCACCCACACCCCCACCCGGAGCUGCUGCUGCGCGGCGGGGCGGGCGCGGCCGCGGACCCCGGCGCCUUCCUCUCCGGCUUCGCCGCCUACGGCGCCGCCUACGGCUACGGCUACGGGCUGGCGCUCCCGGCCUACGGCGCCCCCCCUCCGGGCCCGGCCCCGCACGCGCACCCGCACCCGCACACGCACGCCUUCGCCUUCGCCUCGGCCGCGCCCCCGCCCGGACCCCCGACGGCCUCGGUGUUCGCCGGCGCGGCCUCGGCGCCGGCCCCCGCGCCCGCCCCGGGUUCGGGCCCGGGCCCCGCGGGGCUGCCCGCCUUCCUAGGCGCGGAGCUGGGCUGCGCCAAGGCUUUCUACCCCGCGUCCCUGAGCCCCCCGGCGGCCGGCACGGCGGCGGCCAGCCUGUCCACCGCGCUCCUGCGCCAGGGCCUCAAGACGGACGCCGGCGGCGGCGCGGGCGGCGGGGGCGCGGGCCAGAGGCCCUCCUUCUCUAUAGACCACAUCAUGGGUCACGGCGGCGGCGGGGCCGCCCCCCCGGGCAGCGGCGACGCCUCCCCGGGAUCGCCGUUCGCGGCGGCCGCGGGUCCCGGGGGUCAGGCCCAGGUCCUGGCCAUGCUGACUGCCCCGGCCCUGACUCCGGUGGCGGGCCACAUCCGCCUCUCGCACCCGGGGGACGCGCUCCUGUCUUCGGGGCCCUCGUUUGCCAGCAAAGUCGCCGGCCUCAGCGGCUGCCACUUUUGACCGCGGCGGGCUCAGGGCCGCUGAGGCCCGCACUCCUUAACCUCUCGGGGGAGCUCGGCCGGUCCCAGCGGAAUUCAGGGAGUCUAUUUAUGAAGAGUCUUCGGACCGAGGCCGGCGGCGCGUCACCAGGCACUUGGAGCUGCACGC